AUGAAGGCUACUACUGCUUCCGUCCUGUUGGCCCUGUCGGCGGCCGUCGCUGCCCGCCCUACGGUCGAUACUGAGUACGACUACACCGGCCCAGAAGUCCCAGUUGGCGAUUGGAUUGAUCCCACCGUCAAUGGCAAUGGCAAGGGUUUCCAUCGUCUCGUCGAGCCGCCUGCUGUAAAGCCUGCUAGCUCCAACCCGACCAACAACGUCAAUGUGAUCUCGCUGUCCUACAUUCCUGAUGGCAUGCACAUUCAUUACCAGACUCCCUUUGGUCUGGGCUGCGCUCCAGAGGUUAAGUGGGGAAAGAGCCCAAGGAAGCUGAACAAGGUCGCUACGGGCUUCAGCCACACAUACGGUCGCACUCCAUCUUGCUCCCAAGUCAAGGCUGUCACCCAGUGCAGUGAAUUCUUCCACGAGGUUUCUCUCGAAAAACUCCACCCUGGCACCACCUACUACUACCAGAUUACUGCUGCCAAUGGCACCACCGAGUCUGAGAUCUUGAGCUUCAAGGCCGCCCAGAAGGCUGGUGAUGACCAGGAGUUCAGCGUGGCCGUGUUGAACGACAUGGGUUACACUAAUGCUCACGGUACUCACAAGUACCUAGUUCAGGCUGCCACCGAGGGUACUGCUUUUGCCUGGCACGGUGGAGAUAUCAGCUAUGCUGAUGACUGGUACUCGGGUAUUCUGCCCUGCGAGGAUAGCUGGCCCGUUUGCUACAACGGCACCAGCACUUCUCUGCCCGGUGGUGGCCCCAUCCCCGACGAGUACAAGCAGCCACUUCCCAAGGGCGAGGUUCCCAACCAGGGCAGUCCCCAGGGUGGUGACAUGAGUGUUCUGUACGAGUCCAACUGGGACCUGUGGCAGCAGUGGAUGGAUGAUGUCACUACGAAGAUUCCUUACAUGGUUCUGCCUGGUAACCACGAGGCUGCUUGCGCCGAGUUUGACGGCCCUGGCAAUGUCCUCACUUCUUAUCUGAAUGACAACAAGGCCAACACCACUACCGCUAAGGCUGCAUUGACCUACUAUAGCUGCCCGCCUUCCCAGAGAAACUUCACGGCCUACCAGCACCGUUUCCGCAUGCCCGGUGAGGAGACUGGUGGUGUUGGUAACUUCUGGUACUCUUUCGACUACGGUCUCGCCCACUUUGUCUCCAUCGAUGGCGAAACCGACUUCGCCAACAGCCCCGAGUGGUCCUUCGCCGAGGAUAUCAAGGGCAACGAGACCCACCCCAAGGAAUCGGAGACUUUCAUCACUGACAGCGGUCCUUUCGGUGCUGUCGAGGGCAGUGUCAAGGACACCAAGUCUUAUGAGCAGUACAAGUGGUUGAAGAAGGAUCUGGAGAGUGUUAACCGCAAGAAGACUCCCUGGGUCAUUGCCAUGAGCCAUCGUCCCAUGUACAGCUCUGCCUACUCCUCUUACCAGCUGCACCUCCGCCAGGCGUUCGAGGACCUGAUGCUUGAGAACGGUGUCGAUGCGUAUAUCUCUGGUCACAUCCACUGGUACGAGCGUCUCUUCCCUCUCGGCGUGAACGGUACCAUCGAUACUGCUUCUAUCAUCAACAACAACACCUACUACACCAAUGCCGGAAAGUCCAUGACUCACCUCAUCAACGGCGCGGCCGGAAACCUCGAGAGCCACAGCGAGUUCAGCUCGGGCCAGAGCCAGAAGAACAUCACUGCCGUUCUCAACAACGUGGACUACGGCUUCAGCAAGUUGACCGUCGUUAACUCCACUGCUCUCAAGUGGGAGUACAUCCGCGGCGGCGAUGGCAAGGUCGGCGAUUCGCUGACGCUGUUGAAGCCGGCUGGCUACAAGCCUGGCAAGAACAAUUAG